UCAGCAGUGGGGUAUAAAACUGGCCAGCCGAACCGUUGACAAAUCAGUUCAGAACAAGAGUUCAAUCCGAGCGCAACCCAAAACCCACAACCAGCACCAUGAAAUUCGCCGUCGCCGUUGUCUUCACCUUGGCCCUCGCCAUGGGCGUGCAGUCGUCUGUGAUCCCCCUGCUGUCCCAGGUGGCUGGCCAUGGACUCUCCUACACCGCCGUUUCCGGACCCGCUGUGGUGGCCUCUCCCUGGGCCGUUCCCGCCGCCCACUGGCCCGCCGCCGUGAAUGUGGCUUCCUGGCCCCCGGCAGCGAUCCCUGCCCCAGCUGCCGUGGCCGUUCAUGCCGCCGCUCCCGCCGUGGUUGCUGCCCAUGCUCCUGCCGUCGUCGUGGCCCCAGUGGCCCAUGAGGGUGUCUACACUGCCCAGACCCGCGGAGCCGUCCACACCGCUCCCCUGGCCGGACACAUCCAGUCGGUGGCCUCCAUCAACGCUGCCCCAGCUCCCGGAACUCUGUAAGAAGGAUACUAUAGAAGCUAUAGAAUCCCUCUGCUGAUCGGACCACUGCCUCUACCAUGGAAACUGAAAAUUUGUGGGAAAGUUACCCAUGAAGCAACACUGUUUUGUAAAUACAUUGUAUAUAUAAAGACAAACAUAUAUAGACAGGGUACUCGCACCUAGCACCUGAACAGGAUCCCUUCACACCUGUCCAUAAAACUCAGCCAUCAAAAUUCCCUUUCGACCUAAGCACACGGCCACGUCAGUGGUUGCCUCCCAUCUCUCGAUUACCUAUUUAUCUAGCCUACAUUUUCCAAGCAUUCCUGUGAAAAGCCGCUCCUAGCUUUCCUUCAAUGGGAAUGCCAAGUGCAUUCCGGGAGGAAAUGCUUGAACAUUCUGUCAAUAAAGAAAAUGUAACUAAAA